AUGGCUGCGUUGGUUCAGACGAUUCCUCAACAAAGUGGCACGGUUCCAGUGCUUCAGACUCGCCCAUCGUCAUCGUCGGGCACUUUCACAACCCCGUCUCAAACGUCGCAACAGCAGAACUCAAGGAAUCCGACCAUGUCUUGGAACACAUACAAUACAGUGGGUAGCUCGGGCAGCUACAGAGCAGGCCACCCGGUUGUGGCCCCUUACGCCUUUACCAGCACACCCAACCUCUCCAAUUCAGCCAAUGUACAGAACCGCCAGUCGUGGUCCCCCAAUCUGAGGCCGGAACAACGAACUUCCUCUUCCCCUUCCGUCUCUCAGACGUCUUCUAGUCUCCCCUAUGUCGGAGUCAACUCGCGAUCGGCCAAUCACCUUGCAGCUGGUUCUGUAUCCACUUCAUCAUCCAAUUCUUCCAUACAGUCACACGUCUCGAAAGACGAUACGGCCCUUCCAUCAAGGCAGUUGCGUAGUGAAACUCCCCUUCGCCCUCUAUCUACUGUCAAUCUGCCAUCUCCAUCGUCAUCUUUUAUGAACAUUUCCUCUCCUACCGUCCGCCCCUCUCCUGAUCGUUAUCGUCGCGGAAGUCGACGACCCGAUAGCAUAGCUUGUACACAGCCUACUGCUUCGACGAAUGGUGCAGGGUUGUUGACGCGCUCUGUUUCAGGAACCUUGGAUGACAGCACAUCACAGUCGAGCAUAAAUAGUGCAUCUGUAUCGAACACUUCCCUACAGGAACCACGGAAUCAAGGCCACAAUCGGGUGUCCAGUGCUGAUGAUACGUCGCGCGGAGAGAAGCCCCAGCCGGAAUUGGCCAAGAGAUAUAGGCGACGAAGCUGGGGAACUAUGGAUAAUGCUGGUCUCAUUAACCUACAACUUCAUUUACCGACAUCGUCGCCGACCCCAUCAGCAGGCGGUAAUGAUUACUUUGAUUCGAACCAUCGACCACGGUCGGCUCAAUCACACCGAGAUGUUAGUGGAAGUAUUCACUCGGCUCACUCCUCUUCCUCUUCAGUCCGUGAACCAGGACUCACAGAAUCCGCGUCUUCUCCCAGCAAAGCUCCUACCAAACUUGAAGAGGCGAAACGUACCCCCAAGCCAUCACCGUUAUCCCAACCUGUUACUGUAGAUUCCACACUCCCAAACCAGCCUACCCAGCCCGAGCAGAAAGAAAAGCCUGAUCCGACGGAGAGCGCCGCCACUCAAAGAUUGGCUGAGAUAAAAAACGAGCCUAGGAGGCUUGGAAAGUCUCGCCUGAGAAGGGCAUUCUCAUUUGGAAGUGCUUCAGAGCUCCUUAAAGCCUCUGCCCAGACUAGUGCGGGGAAGAGGGAGGCCGUUGCCCUUGAGAACGCUCGAAGGGAACUGCUUCAUGAAGAACUGGGCCCAGAGCAGGCAGCCAUAGCAGAGCAGCAGGAAGCAAGUGGCCUGGGGGAGAGCAUUUACUCACACCACCAAGGUCACUUCUUCAAUAACUCCACAGAUAAUCUGUCUGUAUCUUCAACAGCAUCCUCUGCGUCAAUCAUGCUUCGAAAAAUGGGCAAGGGAAUGAAGCGGUCUACAAGGUCUCUUGUUGGGCUGUUCCGCCCUAAGUCCGUUAUAAGCACAUCCUCCAUGGACGGCGUGCCCGCUGAACCAAUGGCGCCCCAGUUAUCUGUUGUCAAUAUUGAAGCUGAAAGGAAGAGUGUGACUGUUAACCCGGACCCACAAGAUCUUCCUCGUGGUGGAACUGUCUUUCCGAAGGUAGAACCGAAUGCCCUGGAGGCAUCGGGUCUUGAAGAGAGCACGAUAGACAAGUCGCAAUCGCGUAAAAGCAUUGUUGGGGGAGCUAGAGAGCGAGCGGAAGUUUUGGCUGCAGUCCGCAAGGGUAUUCUGAAGAAAGCACAUUCUGAUGUCCUGCACAACACAUCAUUUAACAGAACAUCUGAAGGCUGUCAGAACCUUAGCAGCAACGACACUCCUCAUUCUAGUGCUCCCAGUACCCCAGAAGAUCAAACACGAGCUGGAAAUCGGCGUCCGGAGACUGUCAGGAUUGCUGGCGAUGAUGACUUCAUAUCAGAUGUGCGAUUUACUGGUGCGGAAAGCAAAAGUUCUCCUAUCACCCCGCAGCCAGUAGCUCCGAAGAGCCUUGUCUUCAGCCCCCGGAUCCAGUUCCAUGAGACUUGGCCGAGCGGGGAGUAUGAUCGUCGAGGGGACAUCGCUACGUGCAACCGCCUGACCCCACUCCUGGCCCAGCAGAUCAAAGAAGAGCUGAACAACUUCAAGAUGGAGAUGGAAGUUCAUGAGACCUCCAAAAUUUAUACCCAUUUCCUCUAA